GCAGCGACGCGGACACCUAUUUCCUGUCUGUGAUUGCUUCCUAAGAUAAAAGGGAGUGUGCCGUCGUGUUAUUUUUGAUAAACUCGGUGUAAGCGGGCUACAACGGACAAAAGAUGAAGUUUAGUGUACUAUGUGUGUUUUUGGGCUCGUUGUUGUGUCUUUGCUGGUCGCUUGACACCGACGCAUUUGUCGCAAAGGGCGGCACACUGCAUCUACGACCUGGCAAGUCGGGCCAUUUCACUAACGUGGUGUGGUCGCUCAACGGCGACCUGGUCGCCGAGUGGGACGACGGUAGUGACGUCAUCUACUACGGCAAGUUCAAAAGCCGAACCACCCUGAAUACGGUGACCGGGGAUCUGCAGAUCUCUGGUGUGGGCGCGCAGGACGUGGGCAAGUUCAUGCUGGAGUUAAACAAGGUCUCUCAGCCGAACACCUUCAUUGCCAAGAUCAUCAGUCCGGUACCUCAACCUCAGAUCCAUUUGUCCCCGGUGGCAUGUUCCAAAGACUCGGGCCAAUGCAAGCUGCACUGCGAUGGAAACACCAGCCAGGCCGGACCGGUGACCUUCCACUGGACGCACAACCCAGAACUUAAGACAAAUAACAUCACCAUUGACGUCCACAGUCAGGAGGUGAAGAGCUUGUCCUGCGUCAUGAAGAACCCCAUCAGCCAGAAGGAAAGCGAGCCCUUCGCUAACCCCUUUUAUCAGGAAAAGGUCAGCACUGGACGGGGAUGGAUCGCCGGUCUGGUCAUAAUCAUCCUGGUUGUUGUGGUGGCAGCAGUGAUCCUGGUUUGGUACAACAAGAGAAAACGCCGUCAAGAAUUACCACGUCCGACGGACACCAACGGGGAAGAGCGAGUGCCGAUGGAUCCCAACCCUUCUACGGACAAGCCUUGACGUUCCUGUCUGGAAAGGUGCUUGCGUGGCCGCGGAGGCCCGCAGUCUGGACACGAUGGACCGAAGCGUCACAGGAGUGGUCCGAGGCUAACCACCGCAAGUGUCCGUGCAAAAUGCCCAAAAUGUCCGCUUUUUUUUGGAUCAGUUUCUCCAAAGAUGAAUGUCAUACUAACCCAAUUGUCCCUUAUUAAUGCGCUUGUUGGACACUUCCGCUUUGACCGUUGCUGUGUCACGUUGGCGCCAAUGACAAUGCAAUUGCACUCACGGGAAAUGAAGAUAACUAUGUUGACCAAACUUCUUCUUUUUUUUUUUUUUUUGUACUCUCCCCUACCUACCGCUACAUAGCCACGACUAUUAACUUUUUAUUUACAUUUUUCUACUUUAUUUUUUUAGUGACUUUCUGAAACUGGCCCCUAACGCAAAGUUCUAAAGCAAAAAUGUAUAAAUGGAUGGCUCGUAUCUCAAAAACCUCAUAAGGUGCAUUAUUUUACAGUGUAAAUGUUCAAUUUUCCCCCAUUAUUAUUUUUAUUGACUUUCUGAAACUGGCCCCUAACACAACGUUCUAAAGCAAACAUGAAUAGAUGGGUGGCUCGUAUCUCAAAAACCCAUAAGGUGCAUUAUUUUACAGUAUAAAUGUUUAAUUUUCCACAUUACUUUAUUUUUUUUAAUUGACUUUCUGAAACUGGCCCCUAAUGCAAAGUUCUAAAGCAAAAAUGUAUAAAUGGGUGGCUUGGCUUGUAUCUCAAAAACUCAUAAGGUGCAUUAUUUUACAGUAUAAAUGUUUAAAUUUCCCCAUUAUUUUUAAAUUUUUUAUUGACUUUCUGAAACUGGCCCCUAAUGCAAAGUUCUAAACCAAAAAUGUAUAAAUGGAUGGCUCGUAUCCCAAAAAAAAUCAUAAGGUGCAUUUUUUUACAGUAUAAAUGUUUAAUUUUCCCUAUUAUUAUUAUUUUUUUGACUUUCUGAAACUGGCCCCUAACGCAAAGUUCUAAAGCAAAAAUGAAUAGAUGGAUGGCUCGUAUCCCACAAAUUCAUAAAGUGCAUUAUUUUACAGUAUAAAUGUUUAAUUUUCCCUAUUAUUUUUUAAUUUUUUAUUGACUUUCUGAAACUGGCCCCUAACGCAAAGUUCUAAAGCAAAAAUGUACAAAUGAAUGGCUCGUAUCUCACAAAUUCAUAAGGUGCAUUAUUUUACAGUAUAAAUGUUUAAUUUUCCACAUAAUUUUUUUUAUUGACUUUCUGAAACUGGCCCCUAACGCAAAGUUCUAAAGCAAAAAUGUACAAAUGAAUGGCUCGUAUCUCACAAAUUCAUAAGGUGCAUUAUUUUACAGUAUAAAUGUUUAAUUUUCCACAUAAUUUUUUUUAUUGACUUUCUGAAACUUGCCCCUAACGCAAAGUUCUAAAGCAAAAAUGAAUAGAUGGAUGGCUUGUAUCCCACAAAUUCAUAAAGUGCAUUAUUUUACAGUAUAAAUGUUUAAUUUUCCAUCCAUUUUUGACCGCUUGUACCUAUCAGGGUCGCGGGGGGUGCUGGAGCCUAUCUCAGCUGCAUUCGGGCGGAAGGCGGGAUACACCCUUGACAAGUUGCCACCUCAUCGCAGGGCCAACAUAUUUUUCGACAUUACUUUAUUUUUUAAAUUGACUUUCUGAAACUGGCCCCUAACGCAAAGUUCUGAAGCAAACAUGAAUAGAUGGAUGGCUCGUAUCUCAAAAACCUAUAAGGUGCAUUAUUUUACAGUAUAAAUGUUUAAUUUUCCACGUUAUUUAUUUAAUUGACUUUCUGAAACUGGCCCCUAACGCAAAGUUCUGAAUGUAUAAAUGUUUACUUUUCCACAUUCUGGAAAUGCUGUCCAUCCUAUGUGUGUAAAAAGUGUACAUUUCUGUUUUAAGUUCAGCAUUUACAAGCACAUAACUUUAAAUUAUACACUUUCAUAGGCACAUUAUUUUGUAAAUAUCUAAAAGUGUUUUUUGUUUGUUUUGUUUUUACAAACAUUCAUGUUUUAUUGAGACUGAAAAAAAGGUAUUGUUGAUGGACAAUCUUGUUGCAUUUUCCUAAAUUAAUCGUUCGCUUGUUGCUGCUUUUUCGAAUGUUUUGAAGCGCUGAAAUAAACGAUUUGCUCGAUCGACC